GCCACCUUCCCGUCAGCGAUGCACGGCGCCCUAUAUAAGCGGCAGCCAGCACCCAUGGUGCUCCAUCACAUUCGCAAAGCCUCGUUCGCUGGCAUCCAGAUCAUCCAUUUCGUUCCUGCAAUCAUAAAAAGUUGGUUCGUCCGGCCAACAAGUUAGUUGAGAUCAACCCAUGGACAUGUCUUCAACGACGACGGUGGCGGCGGCAUCCGACGUCGCCGGCGCCUGGUUCUUCGGCGAGCUCUCCGCCGCCCUGCGUGGGAAGAAGCGGCAGGCCGUGCCGGCGAUGAGCCACGCCGAGCACCAACACCAGAUGGGAGGGGCCGCUCAUGGCAACAAGGCGGCAGCCGCGGCGACGAAGCCGUCCGUCGCCGACCUGGAGGGGGCCGGCGGCGGCGGGAUGUCGGACGCGACGGUGUACCUGCUGCUCGACCGCUUCGCACCCAGCUAGCCGGUGCAUGCUCGUGUACCUCCACUGUAUAUGUAACUACGUUUCUGUUUCUUUAUCCCCUUACUGUUCAGAGACAUUAUGCAGAAACUCUGGUUGGACAUGUGA